AUGGAUGAAUGCCAGGCCCACCAGGCACCCAUCGCCUUCCUAGCCACAGCCCCCUCCCCAUCCGCCAUAUCCCCUCAACUCCGUGCUGCCUGUCGUUUUGACACGCCUGUGGAGCUACCCGCCAUGGGGGAGGGCGAGAGGACAGCGCUGCUCAUGCGGAUCCUGCAGGAGAGGCGGAUUGGGUGGCAGGGCGGGGAUUCUCUGCUCCAAUCGGUGGCCGCCAGGUGUCAGGGCUGCGACGCGUCGGAUCUCGAGCUAGGCUGGGACGAUGUGGGAGGAAUGGCGGAUGCCCAAACAGCCUUGCGAGAAGUCUUGGAGCUUCCAGCGCAGCACUCCCAUAUCUUUGCCUCAGCUCCCCUCCGCCUUCGCACCGGAGUGCUCCUUUUCGGCCCGCCCGGGUGCGGGAAGACUCAUAUUGUCGGCGCCGCUGCUGCGGCAUGUGGGAUCCGGUGUGUGUCGGUGAAGGGUCCUGAGCUGCUGAAUAAGUACAUUGGAGCUUCGGAGCAGGCGGUUCGGGAUGUGUUUUCCCGAGCCUCCCGCGCUGCUCCGUGCAUUUUGUUUUUCGAUGAGUUUGACGCGAUUGCGCCGAGAAGAGGGCAUGAUAGCACGGGGGUGACUGACAGGGUAGUGAAUCAGCUACUAACGGAGCUGGAUGGUGUGGAGGGGUUGGAAGGGGUUUUUGUGGUGGCCGCUACGAGCCGUCCAGAUCUGAUUGAUCCGGCUCUGCUGCGUCCUGGACGGUUGGAUCGGCUCGUACUCUGCGAUUUCCCCGGGGAGGAGGAUCGGCUGGCGAUUCUGCGCGCGCUUUCCAGGACGCUUCCUCUGGGUGCUGACGUGGACCUUGCUGAGCUGGCGCGGCGCACGGAGGGGUUCAGCGGGGCGGAUUUGCAGGCCUUGCUGGCAGAUGCACAGCUGGCGGCGGUGCAUGCUGUGCUGCUUGAGAGUGAGGGGGGGGGAGGAAGGGAGGGUGGGAAAGGGGGAGGAGAGGAGGUUGAGAAGAGGGGAGGAGGGGAGAGUGGGAAGGGAGGAGGAGAGGAGGAGGAGGCAGCUGGGGAGGGGAAGAGAAGUGGGGAUGGAGGGGACGAUAAGACAGAGGUGGAAGGGGGAGCAGGGAGGCAGGAAGUGGAGGGUGGAGGUUCCAAGGACCAGAAGAAGCACUGGAGAGGGAGGACAGGAUCGGCGAGAAAGGGCAGAAAGGGGAAGAAAGUGGAGGGAGUGGAGGCAGGGAGGCCAGUACUGGGGAGGGUGCAUCUGGAGCAGGCUGUGGGGAGCGUGCGGCCAUCCGUGUCAGCAGCAGAGAGGCAGCGACUGUCAGAUAUAUACGAUGAGAUGAUGGGGGCGAGGAAGGGGAGCAGUGCUGCUGCCAUGGCGGAGAGGAAGGGAAAAAGAGCAACCCUGGCUUAG